UCGCAUGCUUGGCUUGGACCUUUGGUCCGAAUCAAACAGGUCGUCAGUUCGAGUUUGUUUUCGGUAGUACGAUGUUAGGCGUAAAGUUGUCCGGUGCGGUCGCACUAUGUGGCCUUCUGGCUAUUAUCGACGUUUCGCAAACAUUUAGAACAGUAUGCUAUUAUGAUGGCAGAGCUCUAUGGAGAAAAGAUGUUGUUAAAGUAGGUGCCGAGGAGUUAAAACCCGCCUUAAGUUAUUGUACGCAUUUGGUGUACGGUUACGCUGGUAUUGAUGAUGAUAAGUUUAAAGCGAAAUCGUUGGAUCCUAAGUUGGACUUACCCGAGAGCAAAGAUGUUAAGGGCGGAAAAGGAAACUUUAAGUCCAUAACAGCUCUAAAGAAGAUUUACCCCAGUCUUACCAUACUGUUGUCAGUUGGUGGCAAUGCCGAUAUCGAAGAUCCCGAUAAAUAUCUCACUGCUCUGGAGACACCAAAAUCGAGGACUAAGUUUGCGUCCACCAUUUCGGAAAUGGCUAAGGAAAAUGGUUUCGACGGUAUAGACUUGGCAUGGCAAUUCCCAGUUGUUAAUGAGAAAAAGGAAAAACACACGUGGGGAUCUUUUAUCCACAAAGUGGCUAAAACAGUGGGCAUCACUAGCAAGGACUCUAAGGAAGCCGAGCACAAAGAACAAUUCACUGCACUGGUCCGCGAAGUUAAAGGAGUAUUGAACGCCAACAAUUGUCCUUAUCUUUCAGUCAGCAUUCUUCCACACGUAAACUCUAGCGUGUAUUUCGAUUUCCCGGGGCUGCAAAAGUACGUGGAUCACUUCACGCUGAUGACGUAUGACUUUAGAACUCCGGACCGAGUGCCUAAAUUAGCCGACCACGCGUCGCCCUUCAAGUUUGUGUACGCCGACCGUCUAGCUUGGCAGAACAUUGAAUCGCAGGUAAACAAAGCAAUUGCUCUGAAAGCUGACCGUACCAAAUUGGUUUUGGGCAUCUCCACAUUUGGCCGGACCUGGAAGAUGGAUAAGGACAGUGGUAAGUCUGGAGCACCGCCCGUCAACGCCGACGGUCCCGGCGAAGAAGGCACGUAUACCAAGACCGAAGGUUUAUUGGCCUACUACGAGAUCUGCCCUCACUUAGUGGAGAGCACUGCGGCCACUACUUCACUUACACUUUACAGACGUGUACCGGAUGCAAGCAAAAAUCUCGGAACUUAUGCUUUCCGUUUGCCCAAAGACGACGUAAAGGGAAUUUGGAUUAGUUUCGAGGAACCGGAAACAGCCAAACAAAAAGCCACGUAUGUGAAACAAAACAAUUUGGGAGGUAUAGCGUUAAUGGAUCUGUCCUUGGACGACGCCAGAGGCUUGUGCGACGCAAAUAGGUAUCCCAUUUUAAAAGCCGUAAAGAACAUAUUGUAAAAAUGAAUAGAGUACAUGAAAUAUAAAAUUUAUACUAGUUUUAAACAUUAACUUUGUAUCGUAUAUUUUCAAUAAAAAAAACUAUAAAUAUAUUUACUUUGUAUUAGAAUACGUAUACAUAUCGUCGCUUUUAUGUUGCUUUAUGAAUAAAAAAAAAAACUAUUUUCUUAAAUUGGUACCUACCUAAGAAA